UCAGGGAAAUAGGUUGAGUUUGAGGCCAGUUAGCGUCAACCUUCAUCAUCUUCCUUGCGACUAGGUUUAUUAAUUGUCCUACUAGCUAAUUUUUUAAGCUCUCGCGGUCAAUUUCAGUGCUCACUGGCUUUCCAAUGGUCAUCUUUCCGCUAAUCGCUGGAUGGACCCUUACUUAAAUAAGGUGGUAGUGUUCAUUAUACCCUUAUUUUGUUAAGCACUUUUUUUUGUCCUAAUCUUGCUAAAGAUCAAUAUUUAAAAGCUUGGCUUGAAUUUACGAUUAUCAGCUGGAGAUUUUGUUUUUAAAUUGCCGCGUUGGUUUGGAGGUGCGUUGUUCGAUACCCAUUGGCUGACGGACUGGAAGAUGAUUAACUCAGGUUCAAAAAUGUUCAUUCUAUGUAGAAUUGCUUUGGCUGUAGUGCUAUGCCUUCCUAUAUCUGGGUUAAUAUUGCCUCCAAAUAUAUCUCAAGGAGUUUAUUGUGAGACCUGUAGUGCUGUUAUGAAAGAGCUAGACAAGUUUUUGGCAAAAAAGAGCUCAGAUCCCAGAGAGCUGCAGGUGGUAGAAGCAAUAGAGGAUGUUUGUAGAUCAAAACAUUUGAAAAAGUAUGGAUAUUCGCCAAUAACUCUUGUCAACGCCUGUAAAUUUUUCAUGGAGAAACAUGAAGAGGAUAUAGAACAACUGUACCUAAAAGGGGUUGAUAAGGUCAACACAGAAAAAGAAGUUUGUUACAAGUUGAGCAAGAUAUGUGAUGGUGUGGACAGAAGUAAAAAAGCGAAAGAUCCCCUUCAGAAACGUUCCAAGCACGACAAAGCGAAGUUGGUGGAACAGAUUAAAUUACAAGAGCGACAGCGUGCGAUGGGAGGCGGCACGAGAGAUAAAAAGGUUGUCUACAAAGAGAAAACUGAUUUAUAGUUAAAACUAAUGAAAUCACUAUACCCAGCAAGUUGAGAUAUUUCUUUGUAGGCAGGAAUUUUCUUGGUUUUUUGCCGAGUAAUGCGGUCGACAUUACCUUUUGAAAUCACUGUAAUAACGUGAAAAAUGUUAUAAAUUACAGCAAUGCGGUGCACAAGAUUAAUGACUUACGCAGCGUUUUGCGGCAACUUGCAACACGUUUGAUAAAUGUACACGAAGGAACGCGAGUACCUACAUGAUAUACACACAUGCAACGUGAAACGCAAACUUGACUGAGCAAGAGCAUUUCCUCCUAGCUUUCCCUGCUGAUGUUCCAUCAUGACGACGAAAGUACAAAUAUAUUUUCUAAGUGGUGAUGCUCAGCUGAGAAAUAUCUUGCGUGCACCGCAACCGGUAAGAGACCUUUUCCGGAGUUGUGUCAUUGUGUCAUAGUUUUCUUGUAAAUGCGGGAGCGGGGAGAAUUGGCUCUUAGCUGUAAAUUUUAUGGAAACUUAGCAAGCUUCAUAAAUUCUCCUUUAACUAUAUUUUUUAAAAAAAUUAAUUCCUUAAAAGAGAACUAUUAACGGCAAUUAUUUUACGUAGUCAACGAUCAGUACCUUCUUUCCCAGUAUGAUUAGGCCUGAUUAUAGGCCGUAAAUUAUUCCGAUACUUUAUCCCUUCUGAGUUAAUUAUGCCUUUACCUUCAGCAGACAAUAACUAAAUUAAAUACUAUGCUUUUUGUCAUUUUCUGUGAGAAUUUCUCCUUUAUUCCAGCGCAGUUUGCAUUUUAAGGGAAGCGACUUAAAAGAGUAAAACCAGUUUAGUUUCACUUUUUUUCAAAUUUUACGCUCAGUUGAGAAAAUUGCCUUUUAAAAGUAUUAUCCAGAAGAUCAAGAGCUAUUUUCUUUACAUUUUCUCCCUCUUUGGUGUGCAACCAUACGGGUUUUCUUGGCCUCAGUUUGCUCGAGAAAACGCAAAAAGUUUAUUUAAAAAUCCGCCUUAUCUGUAAAGAUCUAGAAAUAAUUUACACUUCGCGGAAGUAACUAACCCUGCUCAGAGGUUGUAAGAAUGAUUUUGAUAAACUGACUGAUUUGAUCGUCGGAAA